AGCAUAUAGCAUGCAUAUAUAUACAUACCAAAAAUUGUUUCCGAUAUUUAUCAUCAAUGGCUGGCGCAAUAGGGAUUCUUCCCAUCAUUGUGGCUAUUAUAAUUUUCAGUAUUAUUCCAUCAGAAAUCGAAGCAAGAACUAAAUUGUACACAACUGCAGUAGUCCAUGAUCACCAUGAAAACCCAACUAAUACUAUUUCACCUUUCCAAGAUGAUUUCUGUAAAUCAACGGUGGAGUCAAAAGGCUACUCAUGCCAACAACAUCAAGUAAUCACAGAGGAUGGUUACAUUCUUGGAUUGCAAAGGAUACCAGUUGGGAGAUCUGGGAAGCAGGCUGAUAAACCACCUGUUUUGCUGCAACAUGGAAUUUUCAGCGAUGGUGUGACAUGGGUAAGGAAUUCCCCAGAAGAGUCAUUGGCGUUCAUAUUGGCUGACAAUGGAUAUGAUGUGUGGUUGGCUAAUAGUCGAGGCACAGUUUAUAGCCGUGGCCAUCAGUCGCUUACUCCUAAUGAUCCUGAUUAUUGGAACUGGUCAUGGGAUGAAUUGGCUGCUUAUGACCUUCCUGCCUUUAUCCAAUAUGUACACGAUCAGACAGGCGAGAAUAUACACUACGUUGGACAUUCUUUGGGAACUUUGAUGGCUUUUGCUGCCUUAUCUGAAGACGACAAUGUGUCGAGCAAGCUGAGAUCAGCCGCUUUACUCAGUCCAAUUGCUUAUCUUAAUCAAAUCCGUUCACUCCUCACCAAAGCUGCAGCUUAUCUCUUUUUAGGCGAUCAACUUUAUUGGUUGGGUCUCCAUGAGUUUAUCCCAAAAAGCCAAGAAGUUUCCAAACUUUUGGGAAACAUUUGUAGUAAACCAGGCAUUAAUUGCUCAGACAUAUUGGCUGCUUUCACAGGCUUAAAUUGUUGUAUCAAUAGCUCGACCAUAGACGUUGAUCCUCAGUCAACUGCCACUAGGAACUUAAUCCAUCUUGCUCAAAUGAUUAGAAAAGGCACAAUAGCCAAGUAUGAUUAUGGUAAUGCAGACGAGAACAUGAAGCAAUAUGGGAAGCCAACUCCUCCAUUAUACAAUAUGAGUAGUAUUCCAAAUAAUUUUCCUCUUCUGUUGAGCUAUGGAGGAAAAGAUGAACUUUCUGAUGUAAAUGAUGUGAGUGUUUUACUUGAGAAGCUUAAAGAUCACGAGCAAGACAAGUUGGUAGUUCAGUUGGUAGAAAAUUAUGCUCAUUUAGAUUUUGUUAUGGGUGACAAUGCUAACAAAGUUGUCUAUAACCCUUUAAUGGACUUCUUUGGGCUCCAUUAAUUAAUAAUUAGCUGCGUACCUUACCUUGAUUCGGCUCUUCAUUGGGAAUCAUUAUAUAUAUCUUUCAUUAUUGCUA